AUGGAUGCAGCUCAUAUCACAGGUCUGCUCGAAGCUAUUGAAAGCAAUGGGCUCUUGCGCCAGAAUCGCGUCCUCACAGGCUAUACACCGUCGCCAGAAGCCCUGUGCGCCGUGGAAUCGUUUAUCCGAAAACUUCGUGAGCAAAAGCCUGACAUGAUUUACUUGCUAGACCCCGUCAUGGGAGAUAUGGAUCGUGGAAUGUAUGUAAAUGCCGACGUCUUGCCAGUGUACCGGCGCAUGCUGCCGCUCUCGACGAUCAUAUGCCCGAACCAGUAUGAGGCACAGGUGCUUGCUGACGAGAACAUUACUUGUCUCGAUUCGCUGUACCGAGUGCUUGAGAAGCUUCAUACCGUAUACAAGGUGCCACAUGUGGUCAUAACUUCAUUGGAUCUUCCACCUGCAGACUUGGCCAAGCUUGGUGUCGAGCCGACCAUGUCAGAUGGAAAGCCGACAAUGCUCCUUGUUGGUUCGUCUUGGACAGGUCAUCUGUCGCCCUGGUUCCUUACAUUCCCAUCGCAGGGCGAGUACUUUUCUGGCGUGGGUGAUUUGUUCGCUGCUCUCGUCCUGGCACGUUUUGCCGAACAUGCGCACGAAUUGCCAGAGGCCGCGCGUACGCCGCUAUCAGAUAUACCUCCUUCAAGCAAAGAAGAAUGCGCAUUGCCUAUAAGCCAUGCAGUGAUGCUUGCAGUAGCGUCUCUCCAGCAUGUCCUGACACGCACACGCGCCACGAUGGAAGCAGAGGGCGCUCGACUUGGUCUUGAUCCAUUUGCCCCAGCGCACAAAGCCAGUGUAGAAGACCGUGUGCAGAUCAUGCGCAUGCGAGAAUUGAAGAUCAUUCAGAGUGCACCAGCUAUAUUGCAGCCCCAAGUCCAGUACCGUCCACGUUGGAUGCCUGCAUCAUAG